CGGCUCGCAGGUGGGAGGGCUCCCCGGCCCGGCGCGGCGCGGCGCGGCGCGUGCAGGGAGGGGGGUGCUGUGCUCCCGGGCCGCCGCCGCGGCAAGCGGUGCUGCCCUGCGGGCCGCCGCGGGCUCAGGGCCGCCGCCGUUUGCUUCCCCUUGCCGCUGCAGGGAGCGCUGGGCAGGAGAGGAGCCUGCGGGACUGCCGCCGCCGCCGGGACUCCGCGGCGGUUCCCAGGGCCCGGCCAUGGAUGGGGAGAGCGAGGUGGACAUCUCCAGCAACAACGUAACGCCGCUGUGGAAGAGGAGGUCCAUCCCGCCGCCUCGGUCCUCCGCCAGGAGCAAGCCUCGACCCCAGUCUUACCAGAGCCCCAACGGGGUGCUUUUCACCGACUUCCCCGUGGAGGACAGGGGCGCGCUCCCCGCCACCCAGCCUGCCGCCGCCGCGCCGGGCAGCCGGGGCGGCCUGAGGAGCACCCCGUGCCCCAGCCGCAGCGCGGGAUCUGUGCCCAACGGGACGCCCCGCUCUGCGGCACGCGCGGCCGUGUCACCCGGGCGGGCUGCUGCCGAGCAGGCCUGCCGCCUACUCCGGCUGGCUUCGGACGAUUCCGUGAGUUUUACAGCUAAUGGUACGCCAGGAAACAAACUGCUUCGUCCCCUGAGGAUUUCCACUCAGUCGGCACUUAUGCCGGACCAGGAACAGAUUGGUUUUACACCUAGUCCUCCGUCGUCACCCUCUGGAAGCGCACCUUCCCCCAGUAACAGCCCAGCAGCGCUGCAGCUGCAGCCCGGCCAGGUUUCUGAAAGAGCAGAGCAAGCGCCUGUGGGGCCCCCGCUGGUUUCCCAGGCGAUUUCCCCGGAGCAAGGCUUAACUCUUCAGAGACCGCCAGCUACCCAGAGCCAGCUGGGGGAGAAGCAGUCCAUAGUGCUGAGCACCAACAGCCCUGCGGCGCUCAAAGUGGGCAAGCAGCAGAUCAUCCCCAGGAGUUUGGCCUCGGAAAUAAGAGUGACAAACAAAAUCGGCUGUCAAAAUGCGGAGACGAGCAGGAGGGUUCUCAAGGUCCGCAGCAUGGUGGAAAGCCUUAGCGUGCCUUUGGUAGCUGAUGCUGACGAGGAGGCAGAAGGGGACCUGGACAGCCCAGGGGCGCUGAGGCGCGGUCUGAGGUCUACUUCGUACCGCAGAGCUGUGGUGAGCGGCAUUGACUUUGACAGCUCUUCUAAUUUGAAGAAAAAAAACAGAAUGUCUCAGCCAAUACUUAAAGCGGUUGUUGAAGAUAAAGACAAGUUUUCUAGCUUGGGGAGGAUGAAGAAGAAAACGCUGAAGGGACAAGGGACGUUUGAUGGGGAAGAAAAUGCUGUAUUAUAUCAGAACUAUAAAGAAAAAGCUCUGGAUAUAGAUUCUGAUGAAGAGUCUGAGCCCCGAGAGCAGAAAUCAGAUGAAAAGAUUGUCAUUCACUAUAAGCCCUUGAGAUCAACAUGGAGUCAGCUGUCCGUCGUGAAGAAGAAUGGAUUAUCAGAAACUAUCAGCCUGGAAGAAAGAAAGAGACAGGAGGCUAUUUUUGAAGUAAUAUCUUCUGAACAUUCUUAUUUGCUGAGCCUGGAGAUUCUGAUCCGGAUGUUUAAAAAUUCCAAAGAACUGAGCCUCACAAUGACCAAAACAGAGAGCCACCACCUUUUCUCCAAUAUUACAGAUGUUCAUGAAGCAAGUAAAAAAUUCUUUAAAGAACUUGAGGCAAGACAUCAGAACAACAUCUUUAUUGAUGAUAUUAGUGAUAUAGUUGGAAAGCAUGCUUCUUCAACGUUUGAUCCAUAUGUAAAAUACUGCACUAAUGAAGUCUAUCAGCAGCGAACACUACAGAAAUUACUAGCUACAAAUCCAGCAUUUAAAGAGGUGUUGUCACGGAUUGAGUCCCAUGAAGACUGCAGGAAUUUACCAAUGAUCUCUUUCCUCAUACUUCCAAUGCAGAGAGUUACUCGUCUUCCAUUACUGAUGGAUACUAUUUGUCAGAAAACUCCUAAAGACUCACCAAAAUAUGAAAACUGCAAGCAAGCUCUGAAAGAAUUGGUCCGUUUGUGCAAUGAAGGUGCUCGGAAAAUGGAAAGGACAGAAAUGAUGUAUACCAUUAACUCCCAGCUGGAAUUUAAAAUCAAGCCAUUUCCAUUGGUUUCCUCUUCACGAUGGUUAGUGAAAAGGGGUGAAUUAACAGCUUAUGUAGAAGACACUGGACUUUUCUCUAAAAGAACUUCCAAGCAGCAGGUGUACUUCUUCCUCUUUAAUGAUGUCCUCAUUAUCACCAAGAAGAAGAGUGAAGAGAGUUAUAAUGUCACAGAUUAUUCUUUAAGAGACCAGCUCGUGGUAGAACAAUGUGACAGUGAGGACCUCAAUUCUUCUCCUGUAAAGAACGCUUCAGCUAUGCUCUACUCGCGGCAGAGCUCUGCAGCUCACCUCUUCAGGUUAGCUGUCCUCAGUAACCAUGCAGGAGAGAAGGUGGAGAUGCUCCUGGGAACAGAGACUCAGAGUGAACGAGCUCGCUGGAUUACAGUGCUUGGAAAGGAUACUGACCUGCAGAAAACAGACAGGACAACUUUGACUCAGGUAGAGAUCAUCAGAACUUACACAGCAAAGCAGUCAGAUGAACUGUCUCUUCAAGUGGCUGAUGUUGUUUUGGUUUAUCAAAAAGUAAACGAUGGUUGGUAUGAAGGGGAACGACUGCGGGACGGCGAGAGAGGUUGGUUUCCCAUGGAAUGUGCUAAAGAGAUCACAUGUCGUGCCACAAUUGACAAAAACAUGGAACGGAUGGGACGUUUACUUGGACUUGAAACAAAUGUUUAGACAUUCUUUUUUUCCCCUUCCUACUAUUUCUUUAUUACAGAAUUUGCACUAACUGCUGUCAGUGGGCACAUGGUCACAUGCACUGCAGCUCUAGCGUGGAAGAUGCGAGUCACAGAUGCACAAAAUCUAGUAACAGAGAACUGAUGUUUCAGAUAGUCACUGCUGUAGCUUUGCGUUUUCAGAGAGAUCUGAACUGAAACCUGGCUCAACCAGUAGCACAUUUCAACUAGAAGUAGUUUCUUAGGUGGUGGAGAUCAGCCAUAUGUUCUUUUGACUUCAUUUCCCUUUCAACUUCAGCUACUUCACUCCUGCAUUCUUCCUCCAACCAUCUAUUAAUUUCUUUUAAAAAAAAUCUACGUUCUCUGUAGCUGUCUCCUAGGCAGACUGAACACAAGAAACUGCAGCAUUACAUUCCCAGUACCACAGAGUGCUGCGUUAAUAGGAUACUUUCCAGCUCUGUCAAGCCUGUGACCUGAAAUACAGAAUAAGCAAAUAGGCAAUUCAGAAAGGACUACCUCUUCAGCACAAAUCCAGGGAAGACCCAGACUUUGGAAGGGAGUAAUUAGAUCACUUUUAUAGAAGUUAGCAAAGUUGACACAAGUGCCAGCAGUUUACAGGAAAAAAUCCAGAGAAAUGCAUCUAAUAGUGGUGGUGUUCUCUAACGGUGUGUUGUUUAUUCAGAUUUUUGUCUCCUUGUAGUGUUCCAGGCUUGAAAUGAUUUCUUAAAACAAGGAAUAGUAACCAGACUUUGCAAAAUACAUAAUGUUGAGUAGCUUGUUCCCAGCUAUUAGUGCAAGGCUCUGUCAGCCUUCACUUGUCCUUGAGACUAUUCUUAAUAUAAAGUGUUGUGAACUUUUUUUUGUGCCUCUAUCAAAUGGUCCACUCUCUGUCUCAGCUCAUUUCCUCCAGGAAUUAUUUCCCCCCCACCUGUCCUUGACCCCUCGUCUACAGAGUAAACUACUCUACCAGAUGCUUUUAGCUCUGAAUCCCCUUUUUUGGCAGUAUGGUUGAUUUUCCAGUAUUGUGUUGGAUAGAUUGCACUUUUUCAGAUUUAGGGCCACAUUUUUAAUUCUCACAAAGUCAUUUCAAGUGGCAGAAAAUAUCCAUAUGCUCUACCUAUGAGUACAUUUUUCCAGCUAGUUUCAACUUCACUCUUAGAUGUUCAGAAUUUAGAUGUCUGAACUCACAGUUUAGGUAUUUUUAAAGGAGUGUAACUGCUAGAAACUUGUCCAUUUUGUUUCAGUUUUCUCUGUGUCUUUAGGACUUCAGAUUAAGUUACUGUCUUAAAACAAGAAUUUUGAUGGUGACUGCAGAAAACAUGAAGUUUGGGUAUUGGGUUGUUUGCUUUUGUUUUUAAUCUUUCUGCUCUUCUGUACCAGAGGAGAUUGGCUCUUCUUGUGGAGGCAGAAGUUCAAAUGAACUCGAGUUUACGUUCAUCUUUAGCCUUUGUGAGUAUCAUGUUGAAUCCACAGGUGAACAAAGAGGAAGCAAGUUCUGUAGUUUUUUUUAAGCUGCCAGGUCUUCUCAUCUCUAUUGUAUAAAUGGUAAGAAGAUGAGGAAAGAUUUGGAAGUAGAUAGAUCAGCACCUUUAUUUUGCUAUCUCUUUGCCUUCCCAUACAGAAAUGUGACAAUGCCAUUGGAUGCUCCGGGCAAGUGAUAAGGAGGGAGGGAUAUGAUGGAUAAAAUAAUACUUGGAGCUUGCUUUCAAAGGAGUUCAAAUUGGUGCUGCUUCACACAUGCUCUUCUCGGAUUUAGAGAAGACUUGUCACUAUUGCACUACACCCACCACCAGCUAAAUUUUGCAUCCGCAGUUUAGCUUUGAAAUUUCACAGAAAAAACAACCACUUGAUGUUGCGUGAAUAAAAUGCACUCAAAAAUGAAGUAAAUACCAGUGCAUCUUUUCUGUAUAUAAGUGUGACAGUUUGCAUGCUGUAUGUAUUAUAAAAAUCUUCCUCCUUUAAGGACCAGCUGAUGACUCAGCAGGGUUGCAUACAUGUUAAAUAAAAAAUGAGGCAACAACUUGUACAAAGGCCACCUUCUUGUCACAUCUCUAGUCUUUCUUUCUUUCUUUCUUUUUUUUUUUUUUUUUACAGGCGUUGUAUGUUGUUUUAUAUACUGUAAUAUGUUGGAUAUUUGAUUUGUGAAUGAAUUUGAUGUUAAUAAAUGUAUCUCUGUAACGAUUAAAAAUUUACUAGGAAGGCAGUAAUUUUGUACAAAAAUAAUUUACCUUUUCAGUCUGACAAGUGGUUAUACAGCCUUAUAAAUUAAUUUAUAAGUGGACUGAUGAAACAGUAAUAAAGCUAUAAACUGUAAAUUGAACAAAGUCUUAUUUAACAUAGUAAAAAUACUGCUAAUAUUUUAACAAAUCUUAUUGUACACAGGCAGAUUUUUAACACAUUAUUGAAUGUAUAAAUGUAGACAUUAAUUAUACUCAGAUGUUUUUUAAUACAUUGUAUAUAUUUUUCAGACCUAGUUUUUCCAAAAAUGCUGUAUUGUUUUUUAAAGGUAUUUUUCAUUUUUUGCUAUUCUCAGACACAGUUCUUAAGGAAUUAGAGACAUCUAUGAUUUUACAGGACAACAAUCAAUAAAAUGCUUUUAAAUUCUUACUAAAAAA